UCCUAAUUAAUUUGGUCCGCGUGCUUUUACGGCCUCCUCGGCGACACCAACUCUUCUCGGUAGCUUCUUUUAUUUAUUGGUUAUAUGUACAGAGAUUCUUGAACCAGAGGAGAACCCUCCCCCGCCUCCUCAAAACCCUAACCCCCAUCCAGCUGCUUGGCUCCGCCUCUCUUCGCCGGAGGAGCGAUCCGUGAGCCAUGGACAGAUACCAGAAAGUGGAGAAGCCGCGGCCGGAGUCGGUCAUCAACGAGAACGAGAUCCGAAUCACUAGCCAAGGCGUCAUCCGCAACUACGUGAGCUACGCAACGAGCCUUCUUCAGGAAAGACGUGGUAGAGAAAUUGUCUUAAAGGCAAUGGGACAGGCAAUCAGCAAAGCUGUGGCAAUUGCUGAAAUCAUAAAGAAAAGGUUUCCUGGAUUAUAUCAAGAUACUGCAAUCAGUUCGGUCAGUAUCACUGAUGUGUGGGAACCUAUUGAAGAGGGUCUUGUACCUUUAGAGACGACACGCCAUGUUUCAAUGAUUUCAAUAUCAUUGUCAACCAGAGAGCUAAACAAGAAUUCCCCUGGGUUUCAAGUUCCCUUACAUGUCGAGCAGCCAAAGCGCCCGCAGAGAUAUCAACAGUCCCAGCAGUCUCAACAGCAACAGCAGUUUCAACCAAAACAAGCACAAGGUCAACUUAAUGAAGAUUCAUAUGUACGGGGACGUGGUAGAGCUAGAGGCAGAGGAAGAGGAAGGGGUUGGGGAAGAGGAGGAUACAGUGGGUUUGCUGAAUAUGACACCAAUCAAGGUGGAUAUGGCAACUACCAAGGAGGAUAUGGCUAUAAUCAAGGUGGAUAUGGAUAUAACCAAGGCAGAUAUGGUUAUAAUCAAGGAGGAUACGGUGGAUACACUCAUGAACAUGAUAAUGGUGGAUGGCACUCUAACUGGGGCCGUGGUGGUGGACGCAGUAGAGGUAGCUGGAACUAUCGAGGUGGAGGAUAUGGAGGGAGAGGAGGUGGUGGAAGGGCUGGUGGGAGAGGUUAUGGACGUGGACGAGGAAGGUUGGUGGAUGGCCCUGGGAGAGGGAACCAAGUCUAGUACCCUGAUGGUGGUCUUGGAUUACUUCCAUGCUAGGUUAAUUAAUCAGACUUGUUUAGCACUUGAACUACGAGUUGUGGUUAUGCAAGAGAUGGUAAGAAAAGUGUUCGUAUGUUUUCUCAGUUGUAUGCUUAUGUUGGCUUCCCAAGUUAGAUUUUUGUUUCCCAUAAUUGAAUUGUGGAGUUACUAGAGAAUUGUGGAGUAAUCUGCUCCAUUCCUCUUUGUUCAUACACUUGCAUCAAUUCCGGCUAUUGUAUCUGAAAAUUCUGAUUCUGCAUGGAAAACAAGCAUUAGUUUUGCUUC